ACGACAUUGGUAAAAGAAGUGUUUUUUUUCUAGCAUCGGAUAUUUUUCUAUCAUGGAGGAGCCUAAAGAAGAAACGAUACCGGAGGUAAAAUUGCUCUUACAAGAUGCAGCAAGCAACACGGAGUUUGUUUGGGUCGACACCGAGUCCCAAAAGGAACACCCUGCUGUCGACGAGCCGCAAUCUAGUUUUUCCCUGGCCCCGGGCGUUAAACUGGAUAAGGACAUCGUCUUCGAGAAGAAGCCAGUAGACCCUGGCCAAGUUAACAUAGUGGCCCGCGGAAUAUUGGCCAUUCAGCAAGUCACCACCAACAUUUUUGCGGCGAAUCAGAGAAACCAUGGGCUUGUUACAACCAUGGUCUUUCUAUGCGGAUACUUCAUCUAUUUCGGCUUCGCCAUGAACUUCAGAUUCGGAGAUGAAGGUUCCAUCCGUCUAUUAGUGUGUACUAUCAUAGGCAUAUUGAUGAUGAUCUACACCCACUUUGGAGCGCUGUUUUUAAAACCUCUGACCACCCAAAUGCAUGAGAUCAGGUACAAUGAGGACAAGGCGGCGCAGAGGAAAAAAAUUAAAUGGGCAUUGUACAUCGUCAGCACGGUUGUCACUGUUACCCUCAUCAUAGUGUUGGUAGCGCUCAAAAGCCCGAGAAAUCUCCUGUCCCUAGGGGGCCUGGCGAUGUUUGUGAUUCUGGGUUUCCUGACGUCCUACAGCCCUGCGUUGAUCAACUGGCACCCGAUUUACUGGGGCUUCACCGUACAGUUCUACUUCGCCGUGUUAAUCCUCAAGACCAAGGUGGGUUACAACAUCUUUCUAUGGCUGGGGGAUCGGGUCACAGAGUUCCUCGCCCACAGCGAUGCCGGCGCCAAGUUUGUCUUCGGGGACUACGGGAAGAUUGUGCCGUUUGUUGGGGAGCCGAUUGAGUUUUUAGACUCUUUUAGGAUUCAUUUAUUCGCAUUCACCAUUAUGCCCGUGAUCACGUUCUUUAGCACCGUGAUAUCUGUGCUCUACUAUCUGGGUGUCAUGCAGAAAAUCGUCCUGGUCAUUGGACGAUUCCUGGCUUUCUGUCUGGGUACCACCCCAGCCGAGUCCUUGAAUGCUGCCGGGAAUAUUUUCGUCUCAAUGACUGAGUCUCCCCUGAUGAUCCGUCCCUACAUUGGUACCAUGACAAGUUCUGAGCUGCACGCCGUCAUGGUUGGAGGAUUCGCUACAAUCGCUGGGAGUGUUCUGGGGGCGUACAUAGGAUUUGGGGUUGACGCUGACCAUCUGUUGUCAGCCUCCGUCAUGUCAGCACCUGCCGCCCUAGCCAUAUCAAAGCUGACCUACCCUGAAAUCGAAAUCCCUAUAGUCACAGACGCAGAUUAUUUAAAAUUAGAAGGAUCCAAAGAGUCAAAUGUGAUCGAAGCAGCGUGUUCUGGUGCCAUUAUGUCCACUGGAAUCAUCGCCUGCGUCAUGGUCAAUGUCAUGGCCUUCUUGUCAUUGCUCAACUUUGUCAACGCCACCCUCAACUGGCUGGGGACACGUGUGGGCGUGGCCAAUCUGUCAUUCGAGCUUCUUUGCUCCUACGUAAUGUUCCCCGUGGCCCUGUUUAUGGGUACCGAGCUCCAGGACUGCAUGCAGGUCGCGGAGCUGGUUGGCAUCAAAACAUUCACCAACGAGUUCAUCGCCUUUCAAAAACUCGCAGUCUACAUUGGGAACCGAGAGACGUAUAUUGACCAUAUCAAGCAUUAUCCCGACGAUCCUGUCGUUGUGGUAGGGCGCGACUAUUAUCUCGGUGGUCUCAACGGCACUCGGAUAGAUGGCGGUUUUAUCUCUCACCGUUCUGAGACCAUCGCUACCUACGCCCUGUGUGGGUUCUCCAACGUCGGCUCCAUGGGGAUCCUCCUGGGAAGUCUGUCGGCCAUGGCACCCGCUCGCAAGGCAACGAUGUCGAGACUGAUCUUCAGGGCCAUGGUGGCUGGGAACGUCGCUUGUUUCGUCACCGCCUGUAUUGCUGGUUUGGUUUUCGAUCAAGAGGACGAUAAAAUACUGAACAGAGGCCGUCGUUGAAGUUCUAUUUUUGGAUAAUUUAAACAAUUUAACUAAAGUCUCUUCUAGUGUUCAAUCCUCCUAGUGUAUAUGUGUGAAUUGUUUUUGUUGAAACUUUUUAAAGAAAACAAAAAGCGUUC